AAAAGAAAGAAAAAUCCACGGACCAGACAGGUCUCUUAGCUCCCUCUCUUUGUCCGAACGGGAGGAGAAGCGAUGGAACCUCUCUACCAUGCUGGGUCCAUCCUCAUGCAGGUGAACACCUUACAAGGGAAGAAGAUGGUGGAGAGUGGCCUCCAGUCUGGAGACUUCUCCCUCCCUCAGUCCUGGCCUUCCUGCCUCCUGCCCCCAGCCGACCUGGAGCUCCUGCAGCAGAAGGUAGCCGGGGUGCAGCGGGAGCUGGAGGACUUUAAGAAGGAGGCGCUGAAGGCCAUCCGUUACCUGGAGGACGCCUUCUGUGAGAUGAACGGCGAGCUGGCGCAGCAGGAGGAGCAGGCGGCCCGCGUGAAGCAGCGGCUGAGGGAGGAGGAGGACCGGGGCGUCGUGCGCAACAAGGUCCUCACCUUCCUGCUGCCCCGUGAGAAGCAGCUCCGGGAGCACUGCAAGCGGCUGGAGCGCAUGUUGCUGGGCUCCGGCCGGGAGGCGCUCGGCGCCCCCAGGAAGAUCCAGACAGACUGAUGCCUCCCCCCGGCGGGAGCCCAGCUUCCAGCGGAGCCGCCGAGCAGAAGAUUUUGUUUUCAGUGGAAGGACCAACCCUAAGUCCCCGUCCAUUCGCUUCCCCUCUCCGUGUUCACUGCUUUCCUUCUACCUCAAUAACACCUUGCUGAGAGGCGAACAGGCCCCAGUAUGUUCUUUGGUGAAGCUCGCUUGCCCAGCAUCGUCACAGAAGGAGGCGCCCCACCCCUCCGGCUUUCAGACACCUGUAACUUUCACCGUUAACUGGUUUCCUGUUUGUAACGGUCAUGUCGCUCAAAUGUAUAACAUGGUUGUUUUUAAUCUUCUUAAAUUGAUGUGUU